UUUGAUAAAGGGUUCGACCAGAGAAGAGAACCCAGACAAUAGCCAAUACGCUGAGUCUCAGAGGUCGGCGAGGGGAGGGAGCGGGGUUAAAUGGAAGCAUUGAUUGCCUCGUACGGAGACACGUCGUCGGAUUCGGACUCCGAGAACUCUGCAACACCCACCACCGAUAAUGUCCAGAAUUCAGAUUCCAAAGAUGACGCAGUAUCAUUGCCAUUGCCACCACCUCCUCUCUCUCUUCUAUGUCCUCCCAGUUCUCUCUGGACAACUGAUUCCUUGGAAAUUGAGCCGGCGAGUCGUGUUCGGAGCUUUCCCCAUGUUGAAGGCAACUAUGCUUUGCACAUCUAUAUCCCUGUUUAUAUACCAUCUUCAUCAAAGAAGGAGAUAGGCCAGUUUCUGAAGAAGGUGGCAGCAUCUAUGCCAGGUCUUCAUGUUGUUGAUGUUGAUGUCCCACUUAAUAAUCUCUGCAAAGAUGAUCAUAAGCUUCAACAAGCUGCAUUGGGAAAGGAAUUCCACAUAAGCUUGGGAAGAACUGUACCAAUUAGAGUUCACCAGAUUGACUCUGUGGUAGCCAUGCUUCGCCAGAAACUUCAAUCUCAAAAGAGGUACUGGAUUGAUUUUAAUAAGUGGGAAGUUUUUGUCAAUGAUGAACAGACUCGCUCCUUUCUUUCGAUAGAAGUAGUUACAGGAGGGCUACCUGAGAUAACCAAGCAGAUUGAAGCAGUAAAUGAAGUUUACAAGCUUCACAAUCUUCCUGAAUUUUACAAGGUGUCACAGGAUCCACGCCCUCACAUAUCUUUGGCUUGGGCAUCGGGGGACAUUACCCUAAAGAGAGUCAUUGCAGAAGAAAUAAAGAGAUCGAAUGUUGGAUGUUUAAUACAGAAUCGGAUUUUUACUAGUAAAUUCUGUGGUAUUGAUUGUAAAAUUGGGAACAAAACAUAUAAAAUAUGUAAAUUUUCAGAUGAUUGAUAAAACCAUUGAAUUAUAUUAUUUACUUUUUAUUGGAAUCUAA